UAAUAAUGUCAUAUCAUUGUCCCACAAAGACAAACACUCAUGGCAUGUCCACUCUCCACACAAACUGGGGUUGUGUACAUUCAUGCGUCUUUCCUUCCUCCUCCUGGCAUAUUACUCCUUAACCUUUCGUUUUUGUCAAUUUACUGGUAGUUUCUGGUUUUCUUGUCUCAACUUAAUUUGCUGAUAUUGCUCUGAUCUCUUGUUCUUCCUAGCUUCUCUUUGAAUUAUAAUUUAGAAUAGCACCAAGAAAGAGUUUUGGAAGAUUUCUAGAUUGGAAACAUGGGUUUUUGGACACUAUUUGAGGUGGCUUCCAUGCCCAUCUUGCAAGUUCUACUAAUCAGUGCAUUGGGAGCCAUCAUGGCUACUGAAUAUUGCAACCUUCUCCCUGCCAUUACUAGAAAAUCCUUGAACAAGAUUGUGUUCAUAGUGUUCACCCCCUCGUUGACGUUUGCAAGUCUGGCCAAGACUGUCACUCUUGAAGACAUCAUCUCAUGGUGGUUUAUGCCAGUCAACAUUGGCCUCACUUUUCUAUUUGGAGGAAUUCUUGGAUGGAUACUUGUAAAGAUUAUGAAACCCAAGCCUUACCUGGAAGGCCUUGUUAUUGCUACCUGUUCAUCAGGAAAUUUGGGAAACCUUCUGCUGAUCAUUGUUCCUGCAAUUUGCAAUGAGGCUGGAAGCCCAUUCGGUGGUGAUCGAGCUGCUUGUAGCUCUGUUGGACUCUCAUAUGCAUCUUUCUCCAUGGCUCUUGGAGGCUUUUACAUCUGGACUUACACAUACCACCUGAUACGUACCUCAUCUGUGAAAUUCAAAGCUCUCAAAGCUACAGAAGAGGACUUAAAAGAACCCAACAGAGAUUUGGAUGCUACACAAGAAACUCACCUACUCAAGGCAGUAGAAGAAGAUCAAGAUCAAGAGCAAGUAAUUGGUAUAGUUGUGGCAUCAUCAGCAAAGUCUGCAGAAGAUACAGAGGAUCAAUCAAUUGUCCCCCAAGAAUCAGCUAGUCCAUUGGAGGAAGAGCAGGAGUCUUUCUGGAGUAAAUUGCAAGGAAUUGUUCAUAUGAUCGUGGAGGAGCUACUGGCACCACCCACAAUCGCUGCCAUAAUGGGGUUUGUCUUCGGAGCAGUCACCUGGCUCAGACACCUUAUCAUUGGUGAUACAGCUCCCUUAAGGGUGAUCCAAGACUCAGUAAAGAUACUUGGGGAUGGAACCAUUCCAUGCAUCACUCUUAUACUGGGAGGCAACCUCACUCAAGGCUUACGGUCAUCGAGAAUCAGAGCAUGGGUCAUCGUUGGGGUGGUCCUUGUCCGGUACAUUGCACUUCCUGCCAUUGGAAUCUGGGUGGUUAAAGGUGCUUCACAACUUGGCUUCCUCCCAUCAGACCGUUUGUUCCACUUUGUGCUCAUGGUUCAGUUUACCCUGCCACCUGCAAUGAAUAUUGGUACGAUGACCCAGCUGUUUGAUGUGGGCCAAGAGGAGUGUUCGGUCCUCUUCCUGUGGACAUACUUGGUUGCAGCCCUAGCUCUCACUGUUUGGUCGACAAUCUACAUGUGGAUCUUGUCCUGAACGAACCUCAAACCAGCGCAGCCGCACCCAUGUCCAUCACCAUUCUAUAAGAGUGUGUCCAUUAGUAUACAAAAGUAAUGCCAUAUAAUAUAUUUCCUUGACAUUUCUGUGAAAUUGCAUACAAAAGGAACAACAGCAUUCAAAAGGGUACUUCUUGUUAUCUCUCACGUGAUUUUUUGUUUUUGUUUUUGUGUGUUUUUCUUUUUUGCACAGUCCAAUCACUAGUUACCUCAUAAGAGGGAUUUUAAGGGUGGUUUGCGAAACAAUUUGAGAAUUAACAUAUAUGAUGUGUAUGUUGAUUUUAAAA